UUAGAAAAAUGGAAAGAUGGGCAUACAUCUAGAAUUACAGGAAAACGAUGGAGCGUUAGAAAGUGAUCCAAGCGGCCGACAUGGACUCCACACAGAAGACGGCGGUUGUGUGGAGAUGGGCACCGGAUGCCGUUCUCCUGUUAACAUCAAGUUGACAGAAUCAACGAAGACUGGUGUCACUCUGGUCCUUUACGUACUUAUCUCGCCUUCCUGCCGGUGGGAAGUGCCGGAGAAAUUGCAAGAUAGCUUCAACGCGCUUCAGUCUUUCAUUGCUGGAAACGCGGCUCGCCUCUGAGUCUUCUCCCCACCACCCUCUUCUACUGUUUUAUUUCACUGCUGCUUCUCAUAACUUCUACAAAUAGGGCUCGAGAGAAAGGGGUCGUACAGUCGACGGAGUGAAAGCCUAUGAGCCCUGCCCAACUGAAUUCGAGAAAGGCCACUCUUCCAUUUCUUCAAUUUGCUCUGAUUUCCUCGGUUGCCCCUCCCAUUGUCACAGAAAUCGUCUUCGGGGAGCACCAACAUGGUGAUGAUGAUUGCUCGCACUGGCCGCGAAAACCAACGUUACAAAAAUGGCUGUCGCCUCGUUGCAGGAUGCAUUCCUUACAAGCUUACAGAGCACAAUGGGGAUGGUAGUUGUGUUGAGUCAAGACUACAGAUUUUGGUUGUUAAAGCGCAGAAAAGCGAAAAAGUUUUGUUGCCCAAGGGAGGAUGGGAAAAUGAUGAGACAGUGGAAGAAGCAGCUCUCAGAGAAACCAUGGAAGAGGCAGGUGUCCAUGGAAAAAUUGGGAAAAAGCUUGGUCAAUGGACGUUCGGUAGCAAAGGGAAUGAAGAGGGAGACCAUGUGGCACAUAUGUUCCCUCUAGAAGUGAGUAAACUGCAUGAUGCGUGGCCAGAGAAGCACCUCCGUGAAAGACUAUGGAUGAGUGCAAAGGCAGCGAAAGAACAUUUCAAGCACCAAUGGAUGAGAGAAGCACUAGACGAACUGAUAAAGAUACUGACUGCUACUUGCGAACAGAAAGCUCAGCCCCGAUUAACAAUAGCAGUAGACAAUCGAACAAAUAAGGUGACUGCAACUUGUGAACAGAAAACUCAGCCCCAGUGGAUAAGAGCAGUACUCCGGAAGCUGACCGCAACUUGUGAACUUCUAGCUCAGCUCAGAGCCAGGCUGCAUCCCAGUGUCUUGUUGAUCAAAAUUUUGGAGCCAUCAAGUAGAACAUCCGAGUUAGGCUUCGACAAAUAUUGUGCUUGUUAUUUGAGAAGAGAACAAAAUACAUGUGGGUUGCUCCCAGAUUCUUUAGACUCUUCAUGUCUCUUGCCAAGGAAAGGGAACACUCCUUCGCUUGCGGCCUGGGGCUCAUACCCCGCCUACAUGGAGAUCAAAAGCCAAAAUGGAGCAACCGUCUUGGGUCCUACCCUUCCGAGCUCAGACUUUUGUCACCUUUUUAUUUGUUUCAUCCACAGGUGGAAAAGCAAUCAUCCUUCUUGGAAAAGCAGAACCUGCUCAUCAUUAACCAAUCUACGGUCGUCCUCUCUGAUACAAUCAAAAGAUCCAGCUCUGCCUUCUUCCCUUCCGCUGUCCCUUCGUCUUCUCUCCUCUCCUUCCGCCUUUUCUUUCUGUUCCCAUCUUGUUGGUCGUCGAAAAUCGUUUUCCAGAAGCACCAUCGCCGCUACCAUGAUCGCGAUGAUAGCUCGCACCGGCCGUCAGAACCAACGGUACCAGAACGGUUAUCGCCUUAUUGCAGGAUGCAUUCCUUAUAAGCUGACCGACCAAAAGAUCCUGGAAGUUCUGGUUGUUAAAGCUCAGAAAAGCGACACAGUUUUGAUACCCAAGGGAGGAUGGGAGAACGACGAGACUGUGGAAGAAGCAGCUCGCAGGGAAGCAAUGGAAGAGGCGGGUGUUGACGGAGACAUAGAGGAUAUGCUUGGUCAAUGGGAGUUCAAUAGCAAAGGGCAUGAAGAUCGAUACCAUUUGGCACAUGUAUUCCCCUUAAGAGUGCAUAAUCUGCAGGAUCCUUGGCCAGAGAAACACCUCCGAGAAAGAAUUUGGAUGCGUGUUCCGGAUGCAAGGGAACGUUGCAAGCACCAAUGGAUGAGAGAAGCAUUGGAUAAGCUGAUACUUAACAUGGCUUGAUAGAUGUAAUGUCAGUUAAUAAGGAGCUCAGAAUCAGGUUUAAGCUACUUGUUUCCAUGUCGCUGAAGACUGGCAUCAUCAUCAUCAUGAUCAUCAGCUUGGGCAUUCGUGAACGAACAGUGAUUUCUAUAUAGAUUGAUCGUACUUGAGGAGAAUAGACGAUCAGAGAUUGGUGGAACAUCGCCGAAAGCAACGAUCUUCCUUUUAAAAUGAACUUGUACAUAAAAGAUAGAUAGGCAAUUGAUUUAAUGAACAGAUCAACUCUGUGCAUAGAUGUAUUCUUCUUGAAGAUGAAAUGCGAACAUUUGCCCUCA